AUGUCAGUUGAAUGCAAGAGCUCAAUUUUCUUCCCAAGGCCACUUACUCAACUGGUCAAGCGAGAUUUUCAAUUGUUUAAUCCGUCCCCCGUACCUAUCGGCUUCAAGGUCAAAACAACUGCUCCAAAGCAGUAUUGUGUGCGUCCCAAUGGCGGCAGAAUCGACCCUCAUUCAUCUGCGUCCAUUCAAGUCAUCUUGCAACCUUUGGAUCAUGAGCCAGCACCUAAUGCCAAGUGCCGUGACAAGUUUCUCGUUCAAAGUGCAGAACUUCGACCGGAACUUGAAGGAGUUGACAUUACUGAGAUCUGGAAUCAAGUAAGAAGAGAAGACAUUCAUGAGCGUAAAAUCCGCUGCUUUUUUGGUGACCCCUCGGAAGAAGAAGCUUUACACCGCCACAAAAAUUCUUUAUCAAGCUCUGCAGGUAGUGCUGCUUUUGUAUCUCAGGGUCCCAAUCCUGCCUAUGGCAGACAAGCUCAACAACCUUCUGGAAAUUCUGGUCCCCCUAUUGUCACACAGCCUGCUCAAACGCCUCGUUCCUCGGUUGAUGCGCCUGGCCCCUCAACGACAGCUUCAAAGGCCGCACCCCCAACUUAUACAGGUGAGCCGUUUGCCGCAACUACAAAUACAACGCAUUCAAAUACUUCUGCUCCUGCACCUGCACCUGCAUCCAAUCCCAUCAAUCCCCGAUUUCAAUCGGCAGUUGCUAUGUCGCCUACUGAGCCAAAAUCAUCGACGACUACUCAUUUUGGAAACACACUUUUACCGGCUACAAAAUCUACGUCUACCUUUGGUCGACCCACGAGUGGCGCCAAAGUUGUACCUCAAAUUCACAAUACUGUCACUAUACAAACUGCUGUUUUAUUGGCCGUUAUUUGUUUCUUGGUAGGCCUUCUAUUCUAA